AUGCAGAUCUCAGCGUACGAUACGGACAGCAACAACCAUGGUAGCCGCACUGGCGUCGAAACGCCGCAAGACAACCACAAACAGACCAGUCACCCUUGCCGCGGCAGAAACAGUACCAUCCUCAACGCCCAGCGCAGCCGCCACUCCGGACCCUACAGAACCAAUCACAGCAACAACGCAGUCAUCAACUACAGCAGCAAUGCAGCCACCGACCCCUACAGCAAAACAGGCGAUAACAAAACCAAAGCAGUCGGAGCGAACAGUAACCAGAAGAACCAAGGACGCAGGUACAAUGACCGAUAG